AUGGCACUGAAGCAAAAAAGAUUGAAGAAUUUCUGGAACAAAUGGGAACUCGAAAUCUCAAUUCUGUUAAGCUUGCUACUACAGAUCAUCCUUGGUCUCACUGCAAACCUUAGAAAACGAAGAUCCUCAAAAUUGGUGGCUUUUGUUCUGUGGAUGGCUUAUCUAGCUGCAGAUUGGGUUGCCACUUUCUAUCUAGGCAUUAUCUCAAGCAUCCUCAAUGAUUCACGUCAUCAAUGGUAUAACCCUGAUUUUCUCGCUUUCUGGACACCAUUCCUUCUUCUUCACUUAGGUGGCCCUGAUACCAUCACAGCUUUCUCCUUAGAACACAGUGUUCUCAAGUAUGGCGAAAGGACUUGGUCACUCAAGCAGGCUAGCAUGGGCGGACUCAGAAACUCUCUGAUUAAGAAACGUGAUGCAGGGCCUAAUUACCCUGCUGUCAUGGAGGAUUUCUCAUCUGAUCUCAGGGCAGGCAACCCAGGCAUGUUAACUGUCCGAAGGCAGAACCAGAAUCCACCUGAGUACUCAAUAGUCUUGGAAGACCCAUCAUCGAAUUCCAUUUCUAUUGACCCAAAAGAUCAACAAAAACUACUAUAUGGAGCAUAUCUCUUCUUUCAAACCUUCAAACGUCUCUUUGUUGAUCUGAUACUCACAUUUCAAGAUCGGCAGUUCAGCAUGUCCAUCUUCUCUCACUGCAAUUCAACUCAAGCUUACAACAUGAUUGAGACUGAAUUGAGCUACGCAUAUGACAUACUCUACACAAAAUCACUCGUAGUUCAUACUGCCCAAGGUUACAUCUUCCGUUGGAUCACUUCCUCUUCAAGUCUCAUUGCUUUCUGUCUCUUCUUCUAUAAGCAGCAACAUCAUCAAUUCAAGCACAAAGACAUCGUUGUUUCGUAUAUAUUACUUGCCGGGGCUUUAGUGAUUGAAUUUGUCUCAAUCGGAAUGCUGAUUUUCUCAGAUUGGACAGUUGUCAUGUUACAAGAGGCGAAAUCAAAAUCAAAAUCAAAAUUAAAAUUGAAAUUGAAAUGGAAAUUGGCCGAAUGGCUUGAGAAGCCAGUCUUCCAAAUCAUUUCCGCAGUCCGUCGGUUCAGCAAACACCGCUGGUCUAAUCAAAUGGGUCAGUACAGUUUGUUGAGCUAUAUAGUUUAUCAGCCCAAGCACUUGAAAUUGGACAAAUUUCAGGAUAUCUUGGGGCUGAAGGAAAUGUGCAAUGAGUACAGUUACAUCAAAUACAAACCGGUAACUGACGAUUUGAAGGAACUAAUCUUCGGAAAUCUGAAGGAAAAAUCCAAAGAACAGGACAAGGGACUCAACACCCGCAAAGGCCAAUGGGCAAUGAAGCUUCCCAGGAACUGUUCAUUGCCGGAAUGGAUCAUCAAUGCCGAAUUCGAUGAAAGCCUUAUUAUGUGGCAUCUAUCCACAGAAAUUUGCUAUAAGUUGCAGAAAAAAAAGGUGAAUUCAUCAAUAAAAGAAGAUGAUUCCUCAAAUCAGAAAAAAGAAGGAAUGUUGCCUGAUCAUCGUUUAGCAAGUAAAGCUAUAUCACGUUAUUUGUUGUAUCUUCUACUUUCACGACCCAUUACAAUGUCUUCCAUAGCAGGAUUAGCGGCGAUACGACAUGGAGAUACUUGCGAAGAAGCUAACAAGUUCUUUGAGGAAGAAAGAAUGACCAGAUCAAGAAGAGAUAAUAAGUUUUCUGAGGAAAUUGAUAAGUUUGAAGCUAUCAAAUCACUAAUGAUGGUGCAUACUUAUGUUCGAGCUCAGGAAGUGAAGGGAGACAAAAGCAAGUCCAUAUUAUGGGAUGCAGUUGAAUUAGCCAGAAAAUUGCAGGAAUUGCCUGAAAAUGAAAGGUGGGAGAUUGCAAGUCAUGUAUGGAUUGAAAUGUUGUCUUAUGCUGCACGUAAUUGCAGAGGAAAUUACCAUGCUCAGACUUUAGCUGUUGGAGGAGAGCUUCUCACAUUUGUGUGGCUUAUGGAGGCACAUUUUGGUAUGGGAGGACACUAUCAAAUAAAAUCUGGUGAGUUCAAAACCAGCUAUACUGAAGUUAAAUGA